AUGGUUAGGCCUAACGCAAUUAUCAUCUAUCAGCAAACACAGGAGUAUUUCAAUGAUGGCCAUGUUCCAGAGAUAGCGGAGGCGGAAAAGUACAUACGAGAAGGGUCAGACCUUAAAUUAUUGUUGCUUGGAGUCUUGAUUCCGGACCUUGUGAGGAAUGUCCGAACUUUUAAGGAGCUGUGGUGCACAGAAAAAGGGUAUAGCAAUCUGAUAUGCGCUGUGCCAGAAAUCAUUGAAACAGGUAAAAUAGAUAGAACAGGAAGAUUCAGGAAAAGAAUCAGAGUAUUCAUAAGAGGCGCGUUUGCUGCCAGAGUGUUUGCCCGAAAGUCAUGCGCAGCCAUGUUUGCUACAGCAACUGUUCUCGUCGCCAUGAUCGCAGGGAGCGUUGCCGCGACGUCAAACAGAAUGGGAUUCGCUGUUGUGAUUCGGAUAUCGGCAGUCAAGGUCCGGUAUCAGAAUCCCGGUCCACGUUCCGCUGUUGAUGUGGUAUAUGCUUGCCGGCUUUUCAGUCCUCGCACCGGCAUCCAUAAUGACUGUGCUGUAUACGAACUCUUCUUUUCCCUUAUCCUUAUGAUCAACGAGCCAUUCCUGGCUGACGCGUACCGCGUCGCCACCUAA